CCCACCUACGAGGAAGGGAGCUGCCUGCUCUACGACGACCUGCAGAAGACGCCCCUCGUGUCCACCCUCCCGCACUGCCGGCCGCGCACGCCCGAUUCCGGCGCCACGCCCGUCUACGCCACGCCCACGCUCAGGCCCUCGUCCACCUUCCCCUCCGCGGGCGCCUCCUUCAGCCCCAUCCCGCGCCCCGUCACCCUCGCCUCCCUCCCACGCCCGCCGCCCAUCCCCCCCCCGCCGGAGAAGUGCGACAGGCAGAUGCAGGUCCUUCGGUCACAGGACCUUGGCUGACCUCCGUGUACCGCCAGGAAGCCACGCCCCAGGUCGCCUCCUUGACCACGCCCAUCUACGCGCCCACUCUCCCCGCCCACCAGGUGACCCGAACGCAGAUCUUGGCCUCAGGAGCUUUCUCGACGCUGUCGGUGGGCGUGGUCUCGGGCAAUGCUGACGCGCAAUUGGACGACGA